GAAGAAGAAGAAGAAGUUAGCUCCCAGAUAGCUACCGAUAGCUCCCUCUGCCCGGUAGUAUUGUGUCAGCGUUAAUACAUUUAAAAUAAGCACAAUAUUUUCCUCAAGAUGUCCAAAAGACAUCGCCUGGAUUUGGGUGAUGACUACACCUCCACGAAGAAGAGGUCUGAAGGGAGAGACCGGGAUCGUGACAGAGACCGCGAGGACCGCUCCAGGGACAGGGAUCGAGAUAGGGAUCGUGACAGGGACAGAGAUCGGGACAGAGACCCGAAGCCCUCAAGUGUCCCGUCUAACAGCAGCACGGUGCCCAUGCCAUGCUUAGCACCCAUCAAGCAGCUGGCUAUGCAACAGCAGAUCAACCCAUUCACCAACCUGCCGCACACACCACGCUUCUACGAGAUUCUGAAGAAAAGGUUACAACUUCCGGUGUGGGAGUACAAGGAAAACUUCAGCGAUAUCAUCACACGUCAUCAAAGCUUUGUCCUUGUUGGAGAAACUGGCUCUGGGAAGACAACACAGAUCCCACAGUGGUGUGUGGAUAUGGUGAGGGGCUUACCCGGGCCUAAGCGGGCGGUAGCCUGUACUCAGCCCAGGAGAGUGGCGGCUAUGAGCGUAGCUCAGAGGGUGGCAGACGAAAUGGACAUUAUGCUUGGACAGGAAGUCGGCUACUCCAUUCGAUUUGAGGACUGCAGCUCUGCUAAGACUAUACUCAAGUACAUGACAGAUGGUAUGUUACUAAGAGAGGCUAUGAAUGACCCGUUGCUGGAGAGAUAUGGUGUGAUCAUUCUGGAUGAGGCCCACGAGCGAACUCUGGCCACAGAUAUCCUUAUGGGAGUACUCAAGGAGGUGGUGCGUCAAAGAGCCGAUCUGAAGGUGAUCGUCAUGAGUGCCACGCUAGAUGCUGGGAAGUUCCAGGUGUACUUCGACAACUGUCCUCUCCUGACCAUCCCUGGGCGUACACACCCUGUAGAGAUUUUCUACACUCCUGAACCAGAGCGAGACUACCUUGAGGCAGCGAUCCGGACUGUCAUCCAGAUUCAUAUGUGUGAGGAAGAUGAAGGUGACUGCCUUCUCUUUCUCACUGGUCAAGAGGAAAUUGAUGAGGCCUGCAAACGGAUUAAGCGUGAGGUAGAUGACCUUGGACCUGAAGUCGGAGACAUCAAAAUCAUUCCACUGUAUUCCACAUUGCCACCACAACAGCAGCAAAGGAUCUUUGAGCCGCCUCCUCCAAGAAAGCCCAAUGGUGCUAUAGGAAGAAAGGUUGUGGUUUCGACAAACAUUGCGGAAACCUCUCUGACAAUUGAUGGUGUGGUGUUCGUCAUCGAUCCUGGAUUUGCCAAGCAAAAGGUUUACAAUCCCCGUAUCAGAGUCGAGUCUCUGCUCGUCACGGCCAUCAGUAAAGCUUCCGCCCAGCAGAGGGCAGGACGAGCCGGCAGAACACGUCCAGGCAAAUGUUUCCGGCUCUACACAGAGAAGGCCUACAAAACAGAGAUGCAGGAUAACACAUACCCUGAGAUUCUUCGAUCCAACUUGGGAUCUGUUGUGCUGCAGCUGAAAAAGCUGGGUAUUGAUGACCUUGUGCACUUUGACUUCAUGGAUCCACCAGCUCCUGAGACACUGAUGAGGGCCCUUGAGCUGCUGAAUUACCUAGCAGCUCUCAAUGAUGACGGAGACCUGACGGAGCUGGGCUCCAUGAUGGCCGAGUUUCCUUUGGACCCCCAGCUGGCUAAGAUGGUCAUUGCCAGCUGCGAGUUUAACUGCUCUAACGAGAUCCUUUCCAUUACUGCCAUGUUGUCAGUCCCACAGUGUUUUGUCCGCCCCACGGAGGCUAAGAAGGCAGCAGACGAGUCCAAGAUGAGGUUUGCUCACAUCGACGGAGACCACUUGACGCUGCUCAACGUCUACCACGCCUUCAAACAAAACCACGAGGCUAACCAGUGGUGCUAUGACAACUUUGUCAACUACCGCUCACUGAUGUCUGCUGACAACGUGCGGCAGCAGCUCUCCAGGAUCAUGGACCGCUUCAACCUGCCCCGCCGUAGCACAGAGUUCACCAGCAGAGAUUACUACACCAACAUCCGCAGAGCGCUCUGCACCGGCUUCUUCAUGCAGGUGGCUCAUUUGGAGCGCACAGGUCAUUACCUCACAGUCAAAGACAACCAAGUGGUCCAACUGCACCCAUCUACAGUCCUGGACCACAAGCCUGAGUGGGUGCUCUACAAUGAAUUUGUCCUCACCACCAAAAACUACAUCCGCACGUGCACAGACAUCAAACCAGAGUGGCUGGUGAAGAUUGCACCCCAGUACUAUGAAAUGAGUAACUUCCCACAAUGUGAGGCAAAAAGACAGCUGGAGCGAAUCGUUGCCAAACUAGAGAGCAAGGAGUAUUCCCAGUACUGAACAAUAGCCAAGAAGUGUCCUGGAAAACAACUGGGUCCUUUUAGUUUUAGAUCUUUCUGUAUCAUUGUAUCUCAAUGUUAAAAAUUUGACAUUUUGAUUUUUAUAUUUUGUUUGCUUUUUGUUUUGUUUCUUUUUCCCAUCAAUGUUAAUUCUGUAACUAAGUGUAAUGUCAGAUGGAAUAUCAGCAGCAAAUAUUAGACCUGGCUAUAAAGAUUUUCAAAAGGAGUAUCAGAAACAUGUCAUUUAGAUGUGGUUGACUUUCCUUUAGGGGAUUGCUGAGUCAUAAAAAAUAUGUGUGCUUGCUUUGUUUCUUUAAUAAAGGAGCUUUGACUUAAUUUAUGUGUACAUAUUAAUUUGUAAAGUCUGUUAUUCCAAAGGUAGUGUGGUACCUAGUGGAGUAUUUUUGUUGGGAUACUGAUUUGGUAGUUAAAACUUGCUUGAUAUAAAAAUGUAAACAAUUAUUUUGAGUGGUUUAUAAUCAAUCAAAACAUGUUGAAGGACCGCCACUGUUACACAGUACUACUAUUUUGGUAUGUUUUAAUAUGUCCCGUGUUGUAAAAAAAUGAAUUUUUCAUGUCUAUUUUAUUGUAAAGCAGUUCUUUUAAAAGUGUCCCAGUUUAUUUCCUGUUGCAGUAUAUGUGAAUAACGUCUGACAGAAAGUAAACAUGCCAAAGCUGUUGUAAUGCAGUUCCGUUGAAAUGCACUAAAACCAAGCAUUUCUGACAGAGUGUGAAUACAGGCAUAAUCAGACAUAAGUCAUUAGAAAAAUAACCCUUUUUUUAAGCAACAUUUAAGCAUGUAAAAAUGUUCUCGUAGAAACCCCCAAAACAA